UCUGUGAAUCGGAGGGCAGCAGUAACGCAGCAUGGCGGCUCUGUUAAGGGGCACUCGUAGUCUUUUAGGAAAGUGGCAUAACCAUGUCACUUUGGUGCAGGUCUCUAGAUCCAUGGCCUCGAAGACCCAGGUGGGCUUCAUCGGCCUGGGGAACAUGGGAAACCCGAUGGCCAAGAACCUGAUCAAGCACGGCUAUCCUGUAAUUGCUACAGAUGUCUUUCCUGAGUCUUGCAAGGAGUUACAGGGGAUGGGUGCUCAAAUCUUGGACACGCCUGCAGAUGUGGCAGACAAGGCAGACCGCAUAAUCACAAUGUUGCCAUCCAGUCCUAAUGUGAUUGAUGUGUACACGGGCCCUAACGGCAUUCUGAAGAAGGUGAAGAAAGGCUCUCUGCUCAUUGACUCCAGUACUAUUGAUCCCGCUGUAUCCAAGGAAAUGGCUGCUGCUGCUGAGAAAAUGGGUGCUGUUUUUAUGGAUGCUCCAGUAUCUGGAGGUGUUGGUGCCGCUACUUCUGGUAAGCUGACAUUCAUGGUGGGAGGAGCCGAGGAGGAAUUUACAGCAGCCAAGGAGUUACUGAGCUGCAUGGGAGCCAAUGUAGUAUACUGCGGUCAGGUUGGCACAGGACAGGCUGCUAAAAUCUGUAACAACAUGCUGUUGGCAAUAGGAAUGAUUGGCACAUCUGAGACCAUGAACUUGGGCAUCAGGCUGGGUCUCGAUCCAAAGCUACUGGCAAAAAUACUGAACAUGAGUUCAGGCCGCUGCUGGUCCAGUGAUACAUAUAACCCUGUUCCCGGAGUGAUGGAGGGAGUGCCUUCAGCUAACAACUAUCAAGGAGGGUUUGGAACCACAUUAAUGGCAAAGGAUUUGGGACUUGCACAGAACGCAGCAACAAACACGAAGACUCCGGUUCCACUGGGUUCAUUGUCUCAUCAAAUCUAUCGUAUGAUGUGUGCACGUGGUUAUACCAACAAGGACUUCUCCUCUGUCUUCCAGUUCCUGCGUGAGGAGGAGGGACAAUAGGGAAUUACACUCACUGUUGUGUCCUAACCUUUUUCUCCUGCCUCAUCAACACCUGGCAAGAGCAAUGUUUGCACAUAAUGCAACAUUGACCUGUGUGAUCUCAAAGACUUUAAGUCUUUGAAAUUGAAUGAGUGAAUGAGUAGAACAUAGGAAAUGAAUAUAAAGUAAAAAAUGUUCAUCCUUGUUUUUGGAAUCAUGUUACCUGUUUGGACCUGCCCUGUAAAAACCAUGUUCCCAUGUUUAAUUCUUGACACUGUGAAUCUAAGGCAGAUGUUGCUUUUGUUUAUCAGAGUCUGUGGUGGUGUGUUCUGUAGACUGACUUUCAGUUAUAUAUGUGGUCAUGUCGGAAUUGCUUUUAUGGUUUCAGCUCGAGGAGCUCACAGCAGCUGCAACGAGGAAGUAGCACGUUUGGACUUUACUAAAUAUAAACACUCCUUUUCUCAAACUAGUUGAGAAUACAUACACAUAUUAGCUUAUAGUUGACAUUUGUAGCACUUAUUAUUUUUUUCAUGUUCAUUAGUAAUGUUUUGUAGUUUUAUUUCCCGCGUUAUUGCUGUCAUGUUUAACAGGUUUGCGGUGGUGUCUACAUGUCAUAAAUCUUGUGUCUCCUACUCUGAAAUUAAAGCAGAGAACAAUCUGGUCUGACAAUGAAA